AUGAGUGAUAAUGAUAAAGAAUUUACAAUUGAUGAUCUGAAUAAUAAUGAAGAUAUUUUGCCAAAAGAAUCAACAAGUAAUAUUACAUCAUUUGAAUCCAGUCAUUCAACAGCACGAUCUUUCAAUCAAACUCAGCGAGGACCAAAAAUUACAUCAUCAGUUUGGCCUUUUUUUGAUAAAAAUACAGAAAGAUAUCCUGGACUUCCU